AUCUUUGGCUUCACACCCAGUGCUUUGAAUAAGGAAGUGAAACUAUACACAUGGAGGGUGUGUCUUUUCUAUCGAAUAUAUAUUUUAUUGAAUAAAGCCCUCGUCGGAUAAUAAUGGGGGACACAGCAAAGGAUAAACGGCAAGAACAACUGAAGCGCUGGUCAGGUUCUAGCACCGACAGAGAACCGGCUGUGCCCAGGCGAAGGUGGCGGGGCGAUGUCGAGGAUGCAGGCUGCUCGGAGGCCGUAAACAACUCCGUUUCAAAGGACCAUUCUCAGGAUGUGGAGGGAAGCGGAUCGACCACCGGGGAAGCCAAUAGUCGUCUACUCAAACGAAGGAGGCGAGUGCGGUUUGAUACUGCUGCCGAGUUCCUGGCAGCUUGUGCCAGUGGUGACACAGAUGAGGCCCAAGAGAUGCUGAAAGAUGCAAAAGAGACAGAAGGCAAGAAUGGAGACUACCAGGGAGAGGUUGUGAAUUGUGCCAAUGCUGAUGGAAUCACAGCUCUUCACCAGGCUUGUAUAGAUGGGAGCAUGGAGGUGAUGGUCUUUCUCCUGGCUCGGGGUGCCAACAUAAACCAGGUGGACAGUGAGGGCUGGACUCCGCUGCAUGUGGCAGCCACCUGUGGGAACCUGGAGAUCACUGAUUUCCUUUUGCAGCAGGGUGCGUCUCUCACUGCUGUGAACUGCGAUGGCGACGUCCCGCUAGAUAUAGCUGAAGACGAGGCCACUGAGUCGCUCCUGCACCAAUACACAAUGAGACAAGGGGUGGACGUGGAGGCAGCUAAGCGGGUGGAGGAGGAGCAGAUCAUGAAAGACGCCAGAGCCUGGCUGACAGAGGGGCCUCCCUCAGAACUACGGCACCCCAAAACUGGGGCCACUCCCCUGCAUGUGGCUGCAGCCAAGGGCUACCUGGAAGCCAUCAAACUGCUAUGCCAGUGUGGUCUGGACGUGUCGGAGAUGGACUGUGAUGGCUGGACGCCUCUCCACGCAGCGUCACACUGGGGGCAGGGAGAUGCCUGCAGGAUACUGGCUGAACAGCUCUGUGACAUGGAGGUCUGCAGCAAUGGGGGUCAGACUCCAUUUGAUGUCGCUGAUGAGAGUGUUGUGUCGCUGCUGGAGGAGCUGUCACAGAAACAAGCCAACUGGCGUAAUGAGCAGUCCAUCGUGGACAGACAGAACCCUGCAGGCUCUACUGCUGCAAAAGCUGAUAACAAACGACGGAGGACCUCCGUGUGCAGGAUGAGCAGUAAGGAGAAGAUGAACGUGCAGGAUCAGUCUAAAGAGAGGAGGUCUGAAGGCCUGGAGCUCAGCGAGGAGAAAGAGAGCAGCCCUGAAAGCUCCACUCUAUCCAGUCCAGACACAGAGAGUGCCACCUCCACCGUCAGCCCUGCUGAGAAGCAGACUCCAGAGGAGAAGGAUGUGGAGGAGCGGGACCAGGACAGAGCCAGUCGUACAGCCCGGGUCCAGCCCACCCCCCAGAGGAAAGAACCCCUGGCCGAUAGUCCCAACAACACCAACCCAGACAGACGGAAGUUCCAGGCCCCAGUAAGAGACGAGGAGUCUGAGUCUCAGAGGAAAGCACGAUCACGCCUCAUGCGCCAGUCUCGCCGCUCCACACAGGGUGUGACGCUCACUGACUUGAAGGAGGCAGAGAAGAGCGUAGCCAAACCGGCCGAUCCACCACCUAGCAACAUCCUGCAUGUCAGCCCUAUAGUCACCAUAACACCUGCUGAGAGAGACACCGACCCAGUGAAGGAGGUCGGGUCCGAGGGAGAGACGCGGCUAGGAGUGAGGGACCGACGGAAGGGAAGGAGAGAGAGACGCUCCACCGGGGUGGUUCAGCUAGGGAAUGAACAUUUGGAUGCAAUGGAUGAAGCCCAACAGGAUGAAAACCACCAUCAUAGUUCACCCAGUGAGCCUCAGUUGGGAGAUUCUUCACCAGACUACAAAAUGCUGUACAGGUCGGUGCUGCAGGAGAACGGCCUGCUCAAAGACAAGCUGCAGGAGACGGCGCUGCUGCUCAGCCAGAGCAAAGUGGAGCUGGAGAGACUCCGACAGAGUCAAGAGAGCAACACAGAGAGGCCGGCCCUGCUGGAACUGGAGAGAUUUGAGAAGAGAGCACUCCAGAGAAAAGCAGUGGAACUGGAGGAUGAGCUGAAGGUGCUGGUGGAUCUCCGAGCAGACAACCAGAGGCUAAAGGACGAGAAUGCCGCUCUCAUCCGUGUCAUCAGCAAACUUUCCAAAUGAGCCUCCUCUCCCAAACCUCAAUACGGAGAAAAGUGUUAAAAUGUUCCUGUCUCUUGCCCAACUCACAAGGCACAUACCGGGAACAAAACCCAGCAUCAACUGCGUUCUGCUCUGAUAGAAGACCAACGAUGCAUUUGUUCAAUGACAUUUUUGGAUUUAUAACUGGAAAGAAUAGUUUUUGCAGGGUUAUCAUGCGCCUUUGGUUUGUCGUCACUCAUGACUCGAUCUACUGUAUAACAAGCUGAACUGCACCUCCUAUGGAUUCACAGGGUACUGUACGGUGUUCCUGUUCAAAUUCUUAAAGUUGAUCUUUUGUUUUUUUGACCCUAAAUAUUUUGUGCUUCGCUUCUGCGUUACCUUGUUUAAGGAUACAUGUGUUUUUAAGAUCUAUUUUAAUAACCAUGCAAAGUGCACGCUUACGAUAACAACAUGAUUUUACUUCAGAGUACAUACCACUAGACACCUAAACAGGACUGGGGGGGCGAUGCCAACGUCAGGUGCUUCAGUUCUGAGGAGAGGCGGAGAAGGUUUUGACAUGCAUAUUCCACAAAAAUGUGCCAAAAAUACAAACCCCCAUUUCCGGCUUGUUUGGCAUGUUGUUUGGGGGAAAGGUGAAGUGAUUGAUUUGUCUCUCUCAGGACGAGUCUGGGUCAAUACUGUACUUGAGCUGACUACUGUUAAAGUUGGACCAAACUGUAUGCAUGUACAUUUUUUUUUGAAUGUAUAUUUAUGUGUAUAUUUAUGUACAGGGGCCCUCUCCUCAUCCAGUGACGUAGUAAUGGUCUCUUUAGAAAAGGACGGAGAUGCUGGGUGCUCAUACUGUGACGGAGACCUGUUAGUUAGUUAGUAGACAGGCAAGAUGGGUCAAGUCUUUUGAAUGUUUACUCCAUUUUAAAUGCAUGCCAAAUUGUAUUUUGACAAUGUGCCUUUCUAUAUAUAUUUGUAAUUCAUAUUUACACAACGUCAAAAAUAAAAAUACAGUAUGGUAAAUUAAGCUCGCCAUCUCACAGUUCCUGUGAGGGGAAGAGAAUAAAACUCACGAUCAACACCUUACCUAGUGGAGACAUUAGGGAAGCACUGCAUGUGGAAGUCAAUGCUCAUUUUAUUUAUAUUGUGCUUUUCAUUAAAGGUCCAAUGCAGAUGU